AUGUACUGUUGCUGGAUUUCUCUGCAGACUUUGCUGCGGCUGGUGCAGCGGGUGACUCUCUUACAAGCCGCCAUCAGAUGCUUCAUCCAGACCGCGGAGGAGGCGAGAGGAUCGUCGUUCUGGGGGGAUGUGGGGGUGUCCGGAUUUCCAUCUCAGGAGAGUGAUUAUGAGAGUCAGGAGGAGGAGAAGAAGAAAAAGAAGAAGAAGGAGACUCUGGAGCUGGCCUUCGAUGUGACGUUCUUCAGGACUCAGUAUGAGUUCACGUUUCCUGAGAAGGCGAUAGCGGUGGCGCUGCAGAGGCCAGGGGAUCGCUCGGAGGGUGACAUCCGCUUCAUCCGCAGUAUGAUGAUGGGCAUCCUGAGCUUCCGGAGAUACAGCACCCAGAUGCAGUACAUGCUGGCCAGGGUCGUCUAUUACAGGAGGUUCGGGCGUGGACGGGUCAUUGUGAGGAAGGGGCAUCGGGGCGACAGCUUCUACUUUGUCUUCUCAGGAGUCAUCGCUGUGACACAAGAUGAGGAUGGCAGCAGUGCCCUCCUGGACCCAGAACCCAUCCUGCUGCACAAAGGGGCCAGUUUCGGGGACGUGGCGUUACUGAAAGGUGUGAGGAGAAAUGCUACGGUCAUCUGUAUGGAGGAGACGGAGUUCCUGGUGGUGGAUCGGAUGGAGUUCUUCCAGAAUAAACUGGACCAGGAGCUCCAGAAAGAGCUGCAGUAUCGAUUCCAGUUCUUCAGAUCACUGGAUCUUUUCUCCACUUGGUCGGAUGAGACCUUGGAGAUGCUGGCCGACCACUGCAAGACAGAAGAAUGUCACCACAGCCAAGUCAUGGUGACCGACACCCACGAGAGCAAAAACAUCAUCUUCAUCACAAAGGGUCGCUGUGAAGUCCUGCGUCUGGUGGAUCUCACUCAGUGUCCAUCAUUCCACAAGUGGAUCAAACAUCACCAACCUCUGCUGGGAAAAUCCACCCACCUCAGCUACAAUGGGAGGACACCUGGAGAACAGCGAGCUCAUGGAAUCCCAUCACCAGGAGGCAGCGACCCUUCAGAUACUAGUAAUGGAAGGAGGACCCUCACCAUGGAGGAUCUGGCUUCUCAAGACGACCUGCCAGGAAAUCUGGAGGCGCUACCUGAUGACUUCAUGGCCGCUGUCUACCUGAGGAUAGACUCCCUGCAGCCCGGCCACUACUUUAGAGGCGUGGAUGUGGAUUUCAUUGAGAGAAGCUUCGAGAAGGAGGGACGACUGCCGCAUGAUCAGAGUCUCCGCUUAAUGUUGCCAUCGGCCCCGAGAGACCCCCGCUCGAUGGUCAUCAUCAGUCAGGGAGCAGAGGUCAUCCGUAUAAAACUGGACAAGUUCUCAGAGCUGGCGGAUCUCACCAGCUUGCAGAAGCUGAAGGAGAAGAUGGUGGAGUACCCCAGUGACGACGACUUGUGCAGAGUUUUCUUGGAUCAGAAUCGAUGGAAAAUCUUCAAGUCGGAUUUGGUCAGUCAUCUCGGCUCCUCCCCCAAGACCCAUCAGAGACGGGACCUCCGUCCAGAAAAGCUCAGAACCACACAAAUGGUCCAGAGCGUGGACAAGAGGGGGGUCCUGCAGCUGGGGAACCACAAGACAAAGCCCGAGAAGGUCUGGACAACCACAGUAAAACAGAAGACCCCCGAAUGCAGCAAAGACAACGACGUCUCACCUUCUGGACAAGCACAGGUCCGUCUCAUUCAUGGGAUCGAUAUCCCCAAGCUGUGCGGCAAGAGAAUCAUGUGGUGAUGGAGGUUGUGCUCUAGGCAGUAGUCCUGCACAGACUCUGGACAUACAGUAUGAAAACCCGACCACCUCCAUUGUGUAGAGCAAUGACAUUCACUGGACAUGACCAGUAAUUCUACAACUGACCACAAGGUGGCAGAAACACCCAGCGCAACGUCUAUUCCAGGGCUGGCCAACCUGCGGCUCUGCAAAACUACAACUCCCAGCAUGCCCAGACAGCCUACAGCUAUCAGCAGGGCACGGUGGGAAUUGUAGUUUUACAACAGCUGGAGGGCCGCAGGUUGGCCAGCCCUGGUCUAAUCAUUUAAGCCCCUAAGAAGGGUCCCCCAAAUGUGGUCACCGAAUCCACAAUCCUGGAAGAAUAAA